UCCCGGGAUAAAUAUUCCCGGCCCGGCCCCUUCCCGCCUUUCCCGGCUCCGGCCUCUCUCCCUCUCGGCAGGAAUGGCUCGGGAUGGACGCGGAGCCCAAAUCCCAACGAUCUUCCUCCUCCUCCUCCUCCUCUUCCCGGGAUUCCUCCGGGCUCAGGCGGCCGGGAAAGCCGGCGAGGAGCUUCCGGAGGAGGACGAGUCCCGGAUCAUCGGGGGCCGGCCCUGCUCGGUGGCCCAGCGGCCCUUCCAGGUGGCCCUGACCAAGCGGGGGCAGAUCCUCUGCGGGGGGUCCCUCGUGGCCGCGCAGUGGGUCCUGACGGCCGCGCACUGCAGGCAGCCCCUCAGGGAUCUGCAGGUGCUGGUGGGCACCACGUCUCUGCGGGCGGGCUCGGGGCAGGUGCGGCGGGUGCGGCGGGUGCAGGUGCACCCCAGGUACGACCCCCGGCGCAACGACAACGACUUCAUGCUGCUGCAGCUCGACUCACCUGUGCGCUUCGGGCCGCAGGUGAAGCGCAUCCGCCCGGCCACCACCUGUCCCCGCGCCGGCAUGAACUGCUCCGUGUCCGGCUGGGGCACCACCCGCUCACCUGGAGCGUACCUGCCCCGUGACCUGCAGUGCGCCUCCAUCCAGACGUUCGGCCGCGACAGGUGCGUCCGCGCCUACGGCAGCGCCGUCACCCCCAACAUGUUCUGCGCAGGUGUGCCCCAGGGGGGCGUGGACUCCUGCCAGGGUGACUCCGGGGGCCCGCUGGUGUGCGGGGGGUUCCUGCAGGGCGUGGUGUCCUGGGGCAUGGCCGUGUGCGGCCGCCGGGGGCAGCCCGGGGUCUAUUCCAACGUGUGCCGGGCCAGCGGCUGGAUCCGGCGGGUCAUCGGCAACUGAGCGGGAAUAAACUGGGAUAUGGGAAA